AUGAGGCAAUUGACGGAAGACGAAACCAAAGUAUUUUUCGAAAAGUUGGCGAAGUAUAUUGGAAGGAAUAUAGUACAUUUAAUUGAUCGAUCGGAUGAAACUUAUUAUUUUAGAUUACAUAAUGAUAAAGUUUAUUAUAUGAGUGAAUCGUUAAUGAAACAAGCAAUAAGUGUAGGACGUGAUCAAUUAAUUUCUUUGGGAGUAUGUUUUGGUAAAUUUACGAAAUCAAAGAAAUUCAAAUUACACAUCACAGCGUUAGACUAUCUUGCACAAUAUGCAAAGUACAAAGUUUGGAUAAAACCAAAUGGAGAAAAUACAUUUCUAUACGGAAAUAAUGUACUUAAAGCACAUUUAGGACGUAUAACGGAUGAUACACCUGAACAUCAAGGUGUUGUGAUCUAUUCAAUGUCUGAUAUUCCUUUGGGAUUUGGGGUUACGGCGAGAUCAACAGUUGAAACUCGUAAAUUACAACCUACGGAUAUUGUUGCUUUUCAUCAAGCUGAUAUUGGAGAGUAUUUACGUGAACAAGAUACUUUAUUUUAA